AACUCUCUGGGAAGAACAUGAAUUUGUCUCUUCUCCUCGUGAUCUAUCUGGCUCUCAGCUUUGUAUUUUGGCGUUAUCUUUCCUUCCGAAGAGUGGGUAUCCCUGUGGGAAUCUUUGAAUCCUGCAAAUAUGCUUUGGCUGUCUUCUAUAUGGAUGCGGUUUUUUUAUUGGGAUCUAUUUUGGAAACAUUGGGAAUAUGCAGCCAAAUCAAAUUUGUAAGACUGUCACUAAUGUUAUGUGCUCGACAAACUGACCAGAAUCUCUGCAUCAGGGACGAACGCUUUGGUAAUGUGCCUGUGAGAAUAUAUGAACCAAAACAUCCCUACACUGAGCCAAGAAGAUGUGUAAUCUACAUACAUGGAGGUGCUGGCAUGAUUGGGACCAUUAGAGCUUAUGCAGCUGUAUGCCGUAGAUUAGCUCUAAGAAGUGGGACAAUGGUUGUGAAUGUCGGGUUUCGUUUAGGUCCAGAACACGCACAUCCAGCACAAUGUGAGGAUUGUUUAUCAGCUGUAGAACAUUUUCUAAAAGAAGCAAUGAAUUAUGGAGUGGAUCCCAACCGCAUUAUCCUUGCAGGGGAUAGUGGUGGAGCAACACUUGUUUCUUUGGUUUGUCAAAAUCUUUUAUCUAGGAAAGAUAUCCCAAAAAUCCAAGCACAGUUGCUGAUUUAUCCAGUGCUCCAGACAGUAGAUGUUACGUUGCCUUCAUAUCAGCAAAACUGCUUUGCCCCCAUCUUGUUUAAGGAACGAGCUAUCAAACUUGCUCUAAGAUUCAUGACUAGAGAGAUGGUAGAUAUCAAGGGAGCGAUGAAGAAUGCCCACGUUCCUGAUGAUAUAUCAGUGAAGUACAGGAAAUGGAUUAGUGCUGAUCAUAUUCCAGAUGAGUUUAAGGUCAGAGGCUAUGUGCCAAUGGUGCCUGCACCAUUUUCAGAAAAACUUUACAAGUUAAGUGAAAUAUCUUUUCAGCCAGAUAAUUGUCCACUUUUAGCUGAAGAUGACAUUGUACGCCAGCUCCCUGAGACUUUCCUUUUGACCUGUGAAUAUGACAUACUUCGAGACGACGGAUUAUUGUACAAGAAACGGCUAGAAGAUAACGGUGUGCCGGUGACUUGGCUUCACCUAAAGAAAGGAUUCCAUGGAAUUAUGUUUAAUAAUGAUUUGAUGUUCUUUCAGUACCAAGAGGCAGAACAUGCAAUGAAACGCAUAGUGGACUUCAUACAAAGGUUCUAAAAUGAAACUGCCUUCAUUUGGAAACACCUGUGCCCCGUUACUUUGCAUGAAAUUGCACUGGAGUUGCUUUCUUUCAAAGGUUUGUCUCAGAUCAGGAUAAUCAAAAUCUAGACAGUGUCCAGUAUACAGAUAAAGAUGGGUAGCCGUGUUAGUAUGUCUGAAGCAGUAAAAAUGAAGAAGUGAGCUGUGACUCAUGAAAGCUCAUACCCUACCACUAUUUUUUAAGUCUUAUAGGAGCUACUAGACUUUUUCUCUUUUCUACUGCCCAGUAUACAGUGAUGAUUGGGGACAGAGGUGGGGGUGGGGAGUAGGAAUAGAAUCUGGUUUCAAAUACUUUCAAACUCCAAUUGCUUGGUCACUAUUC